GGAACAAAUAGGCAAUGCCGCCAUGGUUGAAAGACUUCAGCAGUUUAGGGUUUUACACAAACACAACAUCCAAAUUCCCAACAGAUUCUUAUGAUGGACCAUACAGAAAACAAGUCUGAGGUGCAGAAAUCCGGCGUCGCUCCUCCGACAGUUUCAGCCUACCUCGACCCAAAGUAUUGGGACAAAAGGUUUGCUCAAGAAGAGCACUACGAAUGGUUUAAAGAUUACUCCCAUUUCCGCCAUCUCAUUCAUCAACACAUCACACCAGAUUCUUCUGUGUUGGAGCUGGGUUGUGGGAAUUCUCAGAUGUGUGAAGAACUGUGUAGAGAUGGUAUUAAUAAACUCACCUGCAUUGACUUGUCCCCCAUUGCUGUGGAGAAGAUGAAGAACAGAUUACUCUCCAAGGGCUUUAAAGAUAUUAAGGUGCUGGAAGCAGACAUGCUAGAUCUGCCAUUUGAUGAUCAAUGUUUUGAUGUAGUUAUAGAGAAAGGAACGAUGGAUGUGCUGUUUGUGGAUAGCGGUGACCCAUGGAAUCCACACCCCGUGACUGUAGAUAGAGUCACUAAAAUGCUUAAAGAAGUCCAUAGAGUUCUGAAACACAAUGGCAUAUUCAUUUCCAUCGCCUUUGGCCAGCCUCAUUUUAGGCGCCGCUUCUUCAACAAUCCGGAGUUUACUUGGUCUGUGGAGUGGAGUACAUUUGGAGAAACAUUUCACUAUUUUUUCUAUAUCUUGAAAAAGGGACAACGAUCAUCAGAGAGCUUGGAACCGUUGAAGCCAAGUGAAAAGCCAUCAAAAUCUCUUUUUCAUGAGGAACUGGAUGUUGAAGACUAUAUAUUUAGAAUCAAUGUUGAGGAAAUGUAGAAUAUGGAGUUUUAAUGUCUUAAUGUAGAAUAUUUGUAACCUAUUUACUCUUAAAGUCUUAAUGUCUUGUUGAUGAACACUGACUUUCAAUGUAAUAUCGUUUCUUCUUUAUUUGAUGAACUAUAAACUUCUUUUCCAGUUUUGAUUAUU